AUGGCGAAGCAUUGGCAGAUUACAUGUUUAAAAGCAUUUCAGGCUAGGAUGGCUGUAUCAAAUGAUGAUGAAGCACUUAUUAACAAAAAACUACCCAAAGAACUACUUCUAAGAAUAUUUUCCUUCUUGGACAUAAUUACUUUGUGCAGAUGCGCACAAGUUUCUAAGUCCUGGAAUAUUUUGGCCUUGGAUGGAAGUAACUGGCAAAGAAUAGACCUUUUUAACUUUCAAACAGAUGUAGAGGGCCGGGUGUUAGAAAAUAUUUCCAAAAGAUGUGGUGGGUUCCUGAGACAACUAAGUCUGAGAGGCUGUCUUGGGGUUGGAGACUGUUCUUUGAAAACGUUUGCACAGAACUGUAGAAACAUCGAACACUUAAACCUUAAUGGAUGCACAAGAAUUACCGAUAACACUUGUUAUAGCCUUAGCAAGUUCUGCCCCAGGCUGAAACAUCUGGAUCUGACGUCUUGUAUUUCCGUCACAGACAACUCUUUGAGGAAUUUAAGUGAAGGCUGCCAAAGUCUGGAAUUCUUAAAUCUUUCUUGGUGUGAUCAGAUUACAAAAGAUGGUGUUGAAGCACUAGUAAAAGGAUGUAAUGGAUUAAAGGCCCUAUUUCUACGAGGAUGCACACAGCUAGUAAAUGAAGCUCUUCACCAUAUUGAGAAUCAUUGCCAUGAACUUGUUCUAUUAAACUUACAGUCAUGUAUGCAAAUAUCAGAUGAAGGCAUAGCGGGUAUCUGUAGAGGAUGUCACAGACUCCAGUCACUUUGUGUUUCUGGUUGUACAAACCUUACAGAUGCUUCUCUCAUAGCACUUGGUUUGAACUGUCCAAGACUGAAGAUUUUGGAGGCUGCAAGAUGUUCUCAUCUCACAGAUGCUGGUUUUACACUUCUAGCAAGGAAUUGCCAUGAGCUAGAAAAGAUGGACCUAGAAGAAUGUGUUCUGAUAACAGACAACACAUUGAUACAACUUUCAAUUCACUGUCCUAAACUGGAAGCUUUGGCAAUACUUUUGAGUUUGUCCCACUGUGAACUAAUCACAGAUGAUGGGAUUCUGCACCUGAGCAGCAGCACAUGUGGGCAUGAACGACUCCAGGUACUAGAGCUGGACAACUGCCUGCUAAUUACAGAUGUGACUCUUGAACACCUUGAGAACUGCCACAACUUAGAGAGAAUUGAGUUAUACGAUUGUCAACAAGUCACCCGUGCAGGCAUCAAAAGAAUAAGAGCUCAUCUACCAGCUGUGAAAGUUCAUGCUUACUUUGCUCCAGUAACUCCACCUCCUUCUGUAGGAGGUACUCGACAACGACUCUGCAGAUGUUGCAUUAUUCUUUAACAGGUAAAGAGCUGGGCUGAUGACCAGUUCAAUGAAG